AUGCUGACAUCCAGACAUCUGUCGAAAAUUGAUUUCACACCCUCCAACAUCAAGCAGGCCAUAACUGCCCUGAAAAAGUCUUAUGAUGGUGGACCUGACGGGAUACCUACAUCAUUUGUGAAAUAUGGAAGUAAAGAAUUCCCACUAUUUUGUUUGAAACUUUUCAAUCUAUCUAUGGAAUAUGGGACCUAUCCAUCUGUAUGGAAAACAUCCCUUAUCACCCCUAGAUUCAAAACAGGACCACGUAGUGAUAUUAUUAACUAUAGGCCAAUUAAUUUGACAUCCGUGCUCUCAAGAACCAUGGAAAAAAUCAUCCACAAACAGCUACUAUCAUUUUUACUUUCAGCUAGUCUGAUCAGCCCAUCCCAACACGGGUUCAUGACUAAACGCUCAUGUUUCACAUCGCACCUGGAGUUUUUUGAUCAAAUUACCCAGAGAAGAGAUGUUGGUCAGUCAGUGAUAAUUCUUUACUUCGAUUUUAGUAAAGCUUUCGACAGUGUCCCACACAAACUUCUUCUUUUAAAACUCUCUUCAUUUGGCAUACAGAAUCCCCUUUUAUCUUGGCUCAAAUCUUUUUUAGAAGAACGUAGCCAAAUCGUUCGCUUUGGAUCUUGCUACUCUAAACCUGUAAAUGUAACCAGUGGGGUUAUACAAGGAAGUGUGGUUGGUCCAUUACUCUUUCUCCUUUUUAUCAAUGAUGUGUGUUCCCUCUUUCAAUAUGGUAAGCCUUUCCUUUUUGCUGAUGACCUGAAAGUAGUUUAUUCAUUCUCUUCUCCCACGAAAGAAAGCUAUAUUUCUGCGGUAAUCCAGGAGGAAAUAAACAAGUUGUACGAAUGGACUAUUUCGUGGAAUAUGCCCCUUAAUGUUGACAAGAGCGGAUUUAUUCACAUUGGUCACUGUCUUAACUUAAAUCUGACUGUACAGACACAUACACUCAAACCUCUCAACACUGUUCGUGACCUGGGUUUAAGAUAUAGCAACAGUCUGAACUUUUCUGAACACAUUAUAUCUCAAGUAUCCAAAGCUAGAAAGCUGAUCGGAUUGAUAAUGAUAAACUUCAAUAAUAUCGAAUCGAGAUUGUUACUAUACAGAAAAUGUAUCUUACCCAUUCUUGAAUAUGGUAUUUUAGUUUACAGUAAUUGUAGACAUAAUGAUCUGAUUAGAAUUGAAGGUGUUCAAAGAAAGUUUACCAAAGCUGCUCUGGGGUAUUCCGAUAACAAAGACUAUUACCAAAGAUGUCAACAACUCAACUUAGAACCUCUUUGGAUCAGACGUAUCAAAUUAAAUCUUGUCUUUAUCUACAGGCUCAUUAACGGUAUUUCCUACUCAUCGGUAUCUACCCCUUCAUACCUUAUAAUAUCAUCCCACAAUCUACGCAAUAAGGAGAACAUUCUAGCGAUUCCAAGAACCCACACAAACUUACGUCAGAAUUUUUUCCUUAUUCGCUACUCAACCAUGUGGAACAGACUGCCAGUGAACCUCCGUUGCAGUGAAACUACAACCCGGUUCAAAAGUCUCCUUGAUGAUUUUCUUUCCGAAAGUGGAUUAUGUCACCUAUUGAAUAUCAAUGUAUUCAAUAAUGAUUUAUACAAACAAGGUCCGUCAUUUAAUUAA